AUGGGUAUCCUGGGCUACUUCUUCCACCUCCCUCGUCCCGACAUCCGCGAGAACACGACCCUAUUCAAGCAUGCGGGCAAGGAGCCGUUCCUCGUCCGCCGCCCCGGACCCAAUGCGCACACCGAAAUUCUCGGCGUCAAGCCCUUCUGGUGGCGCAAGGAUCGGACGGUCUGGCGCAAGAAGAAGAUGCCGUGGGGUAACGACCCGGCGCUGUUCAACAACCACAGCAACGGGUGGCCCGAGGUGCCUGCCGUGCGGCGCUUGACGGCGCAGGAGUGGCUCGCUCGUCCAACCAACCCGCCCACCAAGGACAAGUGGGGCAACGUGUGGUACGACGCAAGCGAGGACAUCCACGGCAUCCCGAUCGCGUGCGGGCUGUGGCUCAUGUGGCACCCGUUCGUGGACUGGAAGGAGUUCGACUACGUCGUGCAGCUGUUUGCUAUGGAGCUCGCUGGCCGACGCAUGCCCGAGCUCCACUACAUCCCCUUCGAGGACAUUCACGAGGCUAUCCGCGCCAUGGACCUCGAGGCAUGGGGACCCCGCUGGGCCAAGGCUGCCGAUCACUCAGUCGACGUCCAGGAGAUCUGGAGACGCAUCCUCAUCGUCAUCCGUAAGUUUGACAGGCCCGACGUCGUUGCCUGCAGCGCCUUUGCCAGCGCUUUUAGGGGGUUCCCCAUGAAGACCCAGCGUCAGGCUAUGAUGCACUGCCUCCGCACGGCGCAGAGGCAGCGCGACAUCACGGAGGACACGGGUAACCACUACAUCUGGAUGGAUCCCGGCAACGGAUUCCAGCCCUAG